CGCUCAUGUUGCCUAUAGUCACAUUGGUGUAGUCUUGUCACCAUAUCUCUGCUGCAGGAAACUAAAAUCACUUUAGCAUUUUGAAGCAAGUAAAAACAAAAAGACGUCGAUGCUUCUUUUAAGCUCCAGAAUAAAUAUUGAAAAUGGAGGAGAAAACAAGCACAUUCCCUUUUUUUUCCACAGGACGUUGCUGGUAUCGCCAGCUGAAUGUAAAACUCUUGAGAUCAGAGGCCGAGAUUUAAGAUGGUGGAAUUGGAGGGAUCAGCUUAUUUGUAUUUUGCAGAUGCCGAAAAGAACGCCUCAUCACAAAUAGGUAAUGGGUCUUGUGAGAGUCUGGAAUGCUACAUGGUGCUGACAAAGCUGGAGAAGACAGCCAUUGGCACCAUCUGUUUCCUGACUGGUCCGGUAACACUGAUGGAGAACGCUCUCGUGCUUGGGGUUAUUGCAACUUCAGUAGUGCUGAGACAGAAGCCCUCCUACUUAUUCAUUGGCAGCCUUGCUCUGGCGGAUUUCUUUGCCAGCUGGUUUUUCACCAUGAGUUUCCUGGAUUUUCAUCUGUUCCACCGGAGUGAUGGUCCAACUGCAUAUCUCUUCAAGUUAGGAGGGGUGACCAUGGCCUUCAGUUCCUCAGUUGGGAGCUUACUGCUUACUGCUCUGGACCGAUACAUCUGCAUCCAUCAGGCAUCCAGCUACAAGGUUCUGCUAACCCGCCAAAGGGCCCUGCUGAGUCUUCUGGUUCUCUGGAGCAUCACCAUCUUCCUCUCGUCCUGGCCGCUCAUGGGCUGGAGGUGUUCUACAGACCUUUCUCCUCCCUGCUCACGCUUGUUCCCCUAUAUCAGCCGGGGCUACCUAGCCUGCUGGACUACAUUUAUUCUGGUGCUUCUCGCACUAAUUUUGGUGGCCUACUCUCUGAUCCUGUGGAAAGCCCACCGUCAUGAAUCCUCCAUGACCAGCCUCCAGGGGGCAGCAGGUACAGGCCAGGCCCGCAUGAGGAUGGAUAUCCGGCUGGCUCGCACUUUUGGUUUGAUUCUUCUCAUACUGGUGGGCAGCUGGCUCCCUGUACUCACCUUCAUGCUUGUUGAUGUCUCUAUAAUCCUGACUCAUACCCAACAGAGAGCUUUUGCCUUUUGCAGCACCCUCUGCCUUGUCAACUCUGCAGUCAACCCAUUGCUUUACGCCCUGCGCUGCAGAGAGUUAAGACUAGCUCUGCUGCAGUCUCUACAAAGGGUGUGUGGCUUUGGGAAGUGUAAGAAAUGUACAAAAGACUUAGAUCCUGGAAUGCACUCUGCAGGAGACAACUGUGCUGAAGUGUCUGAUGAUGAAAAGCUGAGAGCAAGAACCACUCAACUCGACUCCAUCUCUGAAAUAGUGAACAAUCAGUCAAGUUAAAAAAACACAGUGGACCAUUGUAAAAAUGAAAAAGCAACUCAAAUGGAUAAAGAGCUUAAUGGAAUCGUGUUGCUGGUGAAGGACUGUAAAACCGUUACCAUGAUAUCGUGAUUUAUGUACGUUUGAUUAAGAAUGAAAAAUACAAUAACAUUUUUUACUUUAACUUUAUGCUAAAAAAGACUGAAGGACUGUUAGUGGCAUUUCAUUAAUCAUUGUUUUGUUUUGCAUUUAGAUAAAUGGAGAUGCUAACAGCACUUUUAAGGAAAUAUGCAUUCAUCCCCCUCUACUUUGAUAACCUAAAUAAAAUCCAGUACAACCAAUUA